AUGGAUGUAAUCUUUGAAGUGCAAAGAGGAAGACAAUUCUCAAUAGAAGUAGGUUUCUUUGAUACUAUUUUGGAAAUCAAAGAUAAAAUUCAAAAGUAUCAAGGAAUUCCAAUCUCUAAACAAACCCUAGUUUUCAAUGGCCAGAUUCUCCAAGACGAUGGUGAUAUUUGGAAGUGCGCGAUUUUUCAAAACUCGCGCAUUCAACUAAUGGUCGCCGCCACUGAUUCUGAUCAUCAGAAACCACCUAUGGAUCGAGAAACCAAAUUUCACCUCAAUGUCAAAACUCCUUCGUCGAAAUCUCACAUUUCUAUUGAAAUCGACAAGAAUGAUACCGUUUCAAAGCUUAAAGAAAAAAUUCACGACAUUGAUCAAAAUAAUGUCUCACUGAACAAUGUCAUUUUGCAUGCAACUGGAACGGAAUUGCAUGAUAAUCAGCUCUUACGUGAUUGUGAUGUUUCGGAGAAUAGCGAAAUUGAGGUGAGUUUUAAGCCACAGGUACCGGUGGCUCCUGCGAUUGUUGGUGGUGGAGGUGGAAACGGAAGCGGCUGUGGAGCUUCGAAAAAGUUGAAGCUGAUGGUUUUGCCUAAAAGUGGAACAAAGAAAGUUCCUGUUGAAAUGAAUGCUUCUGAUAAUGUUGGAGAAUUGAGAAAAGAGCUUCAAAAAUUGAGUCAAAGGCUUCAAUUUCAUCUUCCACCAGAAGGUUAUUUUUUCAUUUAUAAACAAAAUGUUAUGGAUGAUGAUAAGUCUUUCCGAUGGCACCGUGUUUGUCCAGGCGAUACCAUUGAAAUCUUUAAUGGUAGUGUCACUGGUGGAUCAUGA